CACCCGCAGCCCCGAAGCCGCACUUCAUGGCGAGGCGACGACCGCAAAAAAGCGGAGCAAAAACGCCUUUCCCGCCUCGCCUCCCCUCAGCGGCGGCAGCGGCGCCUCACGAGCCGCCCGCAAAAAAAGGCGGGAAAACCACUCUGAGGGAAGACGGAGCCAGAAAAAACGGGGAAGGCGUAGAGGUCACGAGGUGGGCGACAGCCAUCUCACUUCCGGUUCUCAUUCCGACGACGACGCAGCUGCCCACUCCGCCUCUUACAUGGUGCCCUCCGGCCCACCUUCUACUUUCGCAUUGGCAGGCUGGGCACAGAUUGGUUUUAGUGUUGGGAGACCUUCAUAUCCCACACCGCUGCAACAGCCUGCCAGCUAAAUUCAAGAAGCUGCUGGUUCCUGGAAAAAUUCAGCACAUUCUCUGCACUGGGAACCUCUGCACAAAGGAGAGCUAUGACUACCUCAAGACCUUGGCUGGUGAUGUUCAUGUCGUCAGAGGGGAUUUUGAUGAGAACUUGAAUUAUCCUGAACAGAAAGUUGUAACUGUCGGACAGUUUAAGAUUGGACUGAUCCAUGGCCAUCAAGUUAUUCCAUGGGGCGACAUGGCCAGCCUGGCGUUACUUCAAAGGCAGUUUGACGUGGACAUCCUAAUUUCAGGGCACACACACAAAUUUGAAGCAUUUGAACAUGAAAAUAAGUUCUAUAUCAACCCUGGAUCAGCAACAGGAGCCUACAGUGCUUUGGAAAACAACAUCAUUCCUUCAUUUGUGCUGAUGGACAUCCAAGCUUCCACUGUUGUUACUUACGUUUAUCAGCUGAUUGGUGAUGACGUAAAAGUAGAAAGGAUUGAAUACAAGAAAACUUAAAGCAAAUUGCUCAACUUGGCUUUUCUCCGUGGGUUUCUCUUUUUGGGGGGGGGACGGGGACGACGACAAUAUGCACUCAAGAGUCCACAGUGUUUCCAAUAUUGUUAACUUAGGAAAUGAAUCCUCUUCCCCUGCUGUAGACAGAAAUGUUUUACAGCAUUUGACUUACUAAAAGUCUGCCUUGGCUUAACUCUUUUCUUUUGCCUAAAAAUUCUUCAUGUCUGUAAAUACCGUUCAAAGUGCACAGCAAAACUCUGUCUGUUCAUAUGAACUAUUCCCAGUAUUGUAAUAAACACUUGUUUAACUUUAA